AUGGCCAGCACAUUUACAGUCCUCUACUUUGCAUCUGCACAUACAUAUACCGGCAAAUCCGAAGAUGCCGUCCCAGGUCCAAUGACCGUCUCAAAGCUCUUCCCCUACCUUGAAGAAAAGUACCCGGGAUUUAGGAAGAAGGUUCUCGGUAGCUGUGCUCUGUCCGUUAACCUUGACUAUGUGGAUUUGGCCGAAGAUUCAGAGAGGGAAAUUCAAAAUGGGGAUGAAGUCGGAAUCAUUCCGCCUGUCAGCUCGGGGUAG